AUGUCAAAACGUGACCAGCCAGACCAUCCCGAGUUGAAACAUCCUUCAACAAAACGGGCCAAAGAGAUAGACGCGAACCUGCCCUAUGACAUCUUGCGCGAGAAAUUGGAAGGUCAGGACAAGAAAGAUGAAGUGACCGUGGUUGCCCAUUGGUUCAGGAGCAAGGAUCUUCGUAUACAGGACAAUAAAGCGCUCUAUGCAGCUGCUACCCUAGCCAAAGACCAAGGGAAGCCACUUGUUGGGCUAUAUGUCUUCUGCGGUGCCGAGUUCGAGUGGCAUGGGACCAGUCCUGCUCGGACGGACUUCAUCAUAGAGAACCUACGAUUGAUGCAGGAGGAGCUGAAAGAGUUGAAUAUACCACUGGUGGUAGCAAAUGCAGAAGAGCGCAAAGACAUUGUACCUACUGCUGUCAAAUUUAUGACCGACAAUUCAGUCUCUCAUGUGUUUGGCGACUAUGAGUACGAGGUCGACGAAUUGCGACGUGAUACCAAAUUCAUCAAGGAAAUUGGUGACAAGGCCUUGUUUUCUCUUCACCAUGAUCAAACAGUCGUCGAGCCUGGGACAAUGACCAACAAUCAAGGCGGUCCCAUGAGAGUCUUCACUCCGUAUCACAAAGUCUGGCUCGCCGUUGUCAAAGACUCACCCGAUCUCAUUGACACGGUCCCCGUCCCCGAAAAGGUCGACCAAAAGCUUUCAAAAGAAGUCUCCUCCCUCUUCGGCAGUAAACUCCCCACCGCACCCAAAAACAAAGAAUUCGCCUCCACCGCCGAACGCGAUCGAAUCCGUAAACUCUGGCCCGCCGGCCACACCGCCGGUCUCCAACGCAUGGACACCUUCAUCAAAAAGCACCUGGAUGACUACGCCGCCACGCGCUCGAAUCCCGCCAAAGACUCCACCUCGCGCAUGUCCCCCUACUUCUCCGCCGGCGUCGUCUCCAUGCGUGAAGCCCUUUCCGCCAUCCGCGAGAAAGCCAAUUCUGGCAGCGCGGAUUUCAGCAGCAAUGGUUCCGACCCGGGUGUCGCCGGCUGGGUACGUGAAAUUGUGUUUCGCGAGCUGUACCGGCAAACGACGAUGACCACGCCGCACACGGUGAUGAAUCUGCCACAGAAUUUGAAGUUCGAUUUUGUGAAUUGGGAGGAAGAUGAAGAGGGCUGGAAGAAGUGGUGUGAAGGCAAAACGGGCAUGCCGCUUGUGGAUGCGGGCAUGAGGCAGAUCAACCAUGAGGCGUACAUGCACAAUCGCGCGCGCAUGAAUGUGAGCUCUUAUUUGUAUUGUAACCUCCUCAUUGACUACCGGCGGGGAGAACGGUAUUUUGCGGAACACCUCAUUGAUUGGGAUCUUUCGAACAAUACGCAGGGGUGGGAGCCGUCGUAUACGGUUUUCAAUCCGGUGAGUCAGGCGGAGAAGAAUGAUCCUGAGGGCAAGUAUAUCCGGAAAUGGGUGCCGGAAUUGAAGGGCGUAGAGGGAAAGGCGGUGUUUGAUCCGGCGGGGAGGUUGGGGAAGAAGGAGUUUGAGAAGUUGGGGUAUCCGAGGCCGCAUGUGGAUUGGAAGGAGACGAAGCAGAGGUGUAUGGAGAGGUUCAAGAGUGAUAUGAAGGACGCUGAGCCUUGA